GGUUCUCUAGAAGCUGAUGCUGAGGAGAGGUUGGUGGAGUUUCUUUUGGGUCCAGAGCGCUAUAAUAAACUGAUUAGACCGGCGGUCAACAAGAGCCAGCAGGUCACCAUCGGCAUCAAAGUGUCUCUCGCUCAGCUUAUCAGUGUGAAUGAAAGGGAGCAAAUCAUGACAACUAACGUGUGGCUCACUCAGGAAUGGAACGAUUACAGACUAGUGUGGGACCCAGAUGAAUAUGAUGGCAUCAAAAAAAUCCGAAUCCCCUCCCACCACAUCUGGCUACCUGAUAUAGUCCUCUACAACAAUGCGGAUGGUGUGUACGAGGUGUCCUUCUACAGCAAUGCCAUUGUGUCCAACUCAGGCGACAUCUUCUGGCUACCUCCGGCCAUCUACAGGAGCGCUUGUGCCAUCGAGGUGCGAAACUUCCCCUUCGACCAGCAGAACUGCACGCUCAAAUUCCGCUCGUGGACGUAUGACCGCACUGAACUGGACCUAGUUCUGACCUCAGACUUCGCCAGCCGUGACGACUACACACCUAGCGGAGAAUGGGACAUUGUCUCACUGCCAGGCCGCAAGAACGAAGACCCCAAUGACCACACAUACAUGGAUGUGACAUAUGACUUCGUCAUCAAGCGCAAACCUCUCUUCUACACCAUCAACCUCAUCAUCCCCUGCGUACUUAUCACCUCGCUGGCCAUUCUGGUCUUCUACCUGCCGUCGGACUGCGGCGAGAAGAUGACUCUUUGCAUUUCCGUUCUCCUGGCGCUCACUGUGUUCCUUUUGCUAAUUUCCAAGAUCGUACCUCCCACUUCGCUAGCUGUCCCACUAAUUGGGAAGUAUCUGAUGUUCACAAUGGUACUGGUCACCUUCUCCAUCGUCACAAGUGUCUGUGUUCUUAAUGUACACCACCGUUCUCCAUCCACUCAUCGCAUGCCCGAGUGGGUCAAGCGUGUUUUCCUGUGUCGCCUACCCAUCUUUCUGCUUAUGCGGCGGCCUGGCAGCUCCAACGUGCGGGAAAGGUUCAGGCGGAAGCACCAGCGCAUGUCUUUCUCCAGUGGCCCGCCCGAUGACUCUUUCGUCCUUGGCAAUGACCCCGGCAGGGCCUGGAGGCUGGGUGAGCUGCCAGAAGGGUCAGAGUUCAGACAGAGGGUCAGGCUCAGACGAGACCCGGAAGUAGACGAGGCCAUAGAGGGCGUGCGGUUCAUUGCUGAACACAUGAAGAUCGAGGACGACGAUGAAGGGAUCAUCGAGGACUGGAAGUAUGUAGCAAUGGUGAUUGACCGCUUGUUCCUGUGGGUUUUUAUCCUGGUAUGUGUGAUCGGAACUCUCGGCCUCUUUGUUCAGCCGCUGUUUCAGAGCUACAACACCCCCGUAGCGAAGGACGACUUUGGCGAUUUCUAAACAUGUGCUGGUUAAACUCAAGAAGAUAUUUGAACACAUCUGAACCACAGCAAUAAGACCAAGUAUAUGAAGUCAAAGACUGAGAUUCACCCUACACACAUGGGGACUGGGGGCCAAACUCAAAAACUGUGCAUUUUAAAAUAUGCAAAAUACAUUUUGUUGUGUUUUAGAUGACCAGCUGUACGACUGUUUUAUUUUCUUUGCUGUCAUAUUUGGAAUAAGGUAUAUAUUAUAAGUGGAGAGACCACAAUUAUGUAAAGUCCCAAGGAACCUAAAUCCAUGAUUACUAUCUAGUUAAGUUAAUCUUCUGCACACACAAAAUACAGUAAAUGUGCAAAAGUCAG